AAAAACACUACCGGUUAAUGUAAUUUCAAAUUGUGAUAAGAUUUUUUAAUUUGUCAUUUGUGCAGUUUGUGCUCCUACUAUACCAACAUGCCGUGUGAAAUGAUAACAUUGCAGUUGGGCCAAUGCGGCAAUCAAAUUGGCUUCGAGUUCUGGAAACGUUUAUGCGCUGAACAUGGGAUAAAUCCAGAAGGAAUUCUUGAAGAUUAUGCCACAGAAGGUAUUGAUAGAAAGGACGUAUUUUUCUAUCAAGCAGAUGAUGAACAUUACAUACCCAGGGCAGUGCUUUUGGAUUUAGAACCCAGAGUAAUAAACUCUAUUCUCAAUUCACCUUACUCCAAACUGUAUAACCAGGAGAAUGUGUUUCUUUCCAAAAAUGGUGGUGGUGCAGGUAAUAACUGGGCAUCUGGGUUUUCCCAAGGGGAAAAACUGAAUGAGGAAAUUUUUGAUAUAAUUGAUAGAGAAGCAGAAGGUAGUGAUAGUUUAGAAGGUUUCGUUUUGUGUCACUCAAUUGCUGGUGGUACUGGCUCAGGAAUGGGAUCAAAUAUUCUGGAGAAACUGUCAGACAGGUUUCCAAAAAAACUUGUACAAACUUAUAGUGUUUUUCCCAACUUAGAUGAAAUAAGUGAUGUUGUUGUACAACCCUACAAUUCUUUGUUGACUCUGAAGAGAUUAACAGAAUCUGCAGAUUCAGUUGUAGUUCUGGACAAUACAGCUUUGAAUAGGAUAGCUGCUGAUAGAUUAAAAAUACAGAAUCCCACUUUCACACAAAUCAAUAGUCUAGUCAGUACUAUAAUGUCAGUUUCUACAACUACCUUGAGGUAUCCUUCAUACAUGAAUAAUGAUCUCAUGGAAUUGUUGGGACCAUUAAUUCCCACCCCACGUCUACAUUUCCUCAUGACAGGUUAUACUCCUUUAUCAACAGAUACAGAUGAGGCCAGUGUGAGAAAAACUACAGUUUUGGAUGUCAUGAGGAGGUUGUUGCAACCAAAGAAUAUGAUGGUAUCCACUGCUCAAGAUAGAAGUUCACAGCACUGUUAUAUUUCUAUCUUGAAUAUAAUUCAAGGUGAAGUUGAUCCUACCCAGGUUCACAAAUCUCUACAGAGAAUUCGUGAAAGAAAACUAGCUCAGUUCAUUCCAUGGGGCCCAGCUAGUAUACAAGUGGCUCUCUCUCGAAAAUCGCCCUAUAUACAGUCUGCACACAGAGUGUCUGGUCUCAUGCUUGCCAAUCAUACCAAUAUAAGUUCAUUAUUUGAUAGAGCACUAAUUCAAUAUGACAAACUGAGAAAACGCGAGGCGUUUUUGGAUCAAUUCCGCAAGGAAGAUAUGUUUAGAGAAAACUUGGAUGAGCUGGAUUCGAGUAGAGAAGUCGUUCAAGAUCUUGUGGAUGAAUAUAUUGCCGCCACUAGAGAGAAUUACUGUACCUGGGAGAGGACUUGAAUGUUUUUUCUCCAGAAAACUGUUUUGCCAUAUCUUGUGCUAUUUGAUUUUUUAGGUCUUUUCAUUUCUGAAUCUCUUUCUGUUGUUAAUUUUCUUAGGUCUCACUAAUUUUCGAAUUUUUUGUGCCAGUGAAAUGCAUCAUGUGAUUUAUCUUAAGUUAGUUGAAUAAUAAAAAAUAAUUCUCCACUGCC